UUUCUGAUGGCUUGUGAGCAAAGCCGUUUCUUAGCUUUUCUUCUUUCUUCCUUUUCGAAAACGGGAUUUUUGGAAAACGGCUUCUAUGGAACGCGGCCGGCCGCCUUUGCUCGGACUUUUGACUAGAAGCAAAUUUUAUACAUAACUUUAAUCUCCCGGAUAUCUCGGGGGCCGGCCUACCCACAGUUUUUCCAGUUUCUUUCUUUUGACGGCAAGCACCCUGAAUUCCAGCUUGCAAAAUCGUCGUUCCGCUUGUUUGAUCUUUGACCUCUUUUUCAUAACCAUCGUAACUUUUCUACAUUGCCCUGAAAGAGGACACCGAAUCAGCAGGUCCUCUAUACCGACACCUACAUACCUGGCACCUGCACACCUUCAAGCCACUCUAUCUGUGCCACACACCGCCGUCCCGGUCCCGUCCGGAAAUAAGAAAAGUCAUGAGCUCCAACAAUACAUCCGGGUCCGACAUCCCGGAUGGCAUCAACCCGGACCUGUGGACUGCAUGGAUGGAACUGCGCAAAGAAUGUUAUCCGGACUUGAUCGAAGGUGUCAACCCUAGCUACGGGUACCGACCAACGCUGGGAGCCGGCAUUGCCUUUGAUGUCCUCUUUGGCAUCUGUGUCAUCGGUCAUCUCAUCCAGCUGAUUCGGUUUCGGCAGUGGACGUCGGGGUUGAUGAUGGUUGGGGCUAUCACCGAAGCAAUAGGCUGGGCAGGCCGCACCUGGUCCGCCAAGUGUCCCUACAACAACGACGCCUUCCUCAUGCAAAUCACCACCCUCAUCAUCGCCCCGACCUUCUUCGCCGCGGCCCUUUACGUUCUCCUCGGGAUGCUCAUCCGGAUUCUCGGGCGCCAGACCAGCGUCCUCUCGGCCAAAUGGUACGCCAUCAUCUUUUGCUCGUGCGACGUCAUCUCGCUCGUCAUCCAGGCCAUCGGCGGCGGCAUGGCGUCCAGCGAAUCCAACAAAGAAGGAGGCGACACCAAGCCGGGGACGCACACCAUGGUGGCGGGAAUCGUGUUCCAGCUGUUCACCAUGACCGUGUUUGCCGUCCUAGUGCUGGAUUUCUUGAGGAGGGUGUAUGCGCUGGCCAAGGGCCGAAGGGAUGGACGGGGGGGACUGACGAGAAACAUGAAGCUGACGGUGCUGGCACUGUUUGUGUCGUUUGUCAUGAUUUAUAUCAGGAGCGUGUACCGCACGGUCGAGUUGGCGCAGGGGUGGAGUGGGUAUCUGAUUACCCACGAAGGAUACUUUAUCGGGUUGGAUGCGACCUUGAUGGUCAUUUCGGCGGGCAUCUUCUUGGUGUUGGAUCCAGCCGUGUUGUUGAGGCAUGAGAUGAUCAAGGUUACUACGAAUGGGAGCGGAAAGGAGGAGCAGGGCACGACCACGGGGAAUGACUCGGAAGGGCAGGGUGGAGUGAGAGAAUGAGCCUUUGAAUCAUGCAUGCAUGCAUGCCCUGCAAGAGAGUUGUUUUAAGGGGAGCAUGAAAGUUUCUUGGUUACCUCUAAUGAAGUCACGGCAAGGAAAGAGGAAAAGGAUAUCGAGCGGGCGGCCAGCGAAGAGACGCAACAACGGCUUUCCUUUUUUUCUUGAGCAUACGUACCAGCGCACAUACACGGCAUAUAUGUCAGUCAUGAGAGAUGAUAGAGAUACCUACAUAAUCUUCUUACCCAUCUGUCCACUUGUUUCUUGCACGGAUGGCUGGAUGGGGUGAUGGGCUCCUGUCAUCUUGUGCAUGUGAAGACACUUGCAUCGUAUGCGUCAGG